AUGUUAUAUCCGAUACUGAGAAUUGCAAUUUUUUGUUUUUUUGUGUUGUGUUCCUCAAAAUCAAAAUCUUCGAAACGACAAAAAAUCUACAUGAACGGAAUAGAGCAACCAAACUUUUCACAAUACCAUCACAUCAAAGAAGUCACUUCAACCGAAUUUCGUUCUUUGUUUGAAUCAGAAAACUACGUCAUUGCACUCUUCUGUUAUUUCACACAACAGUCGUGUGUCCCAUACAUACAAACAAUUGAGAACUUUGCAAAGAAAAAUAAGAUGAUUAAGUAUGUUGUGGUUGAUGGUAUUAAUGCAGAAGAAUUGGUGUUUGACUAUCAGAUUGACGAUUUCCCUUAUAUCAUAUUUCACAGAGGAUUGUACAAAGACCGAGUAUACCGUUCAGAUGAUUUCGACGACUUUCAAAGUUUCAUCACGCGAGGGAUAUCACCCGUUGUUCACGAAAUUUUAGAAACUGAUAUGGUCUCUUUGGAGAGGCAAAAGAAGAUAACUUACUUUACGUUGUACACAACACCAAAUACCACUCAAAGUGAGAUCGACGAGUACACUGAUAUUGCAGAUAUAUUUACGGAAUACACGGAAAUAGGGUUCUUCGCAAUAUUCAAUGCUUCAAAUACAUAUUUAAAUAAUAAAUCGAUGAAUAUCAUUUAUUAUAACAACCAAGCGUACGACGAUGUAAGAGAAAUCAUUCACUACCAAACAAUAACUCGUUUUAAUAACACAAUUGAGAGGUUUGAUGUUGGAAUAACAGAGUGGGUCGUCUCUGUUGGGGUGCCCCUGUUCAAUCUUGCUGUCAUCCCUCUUCUGCAACUCUUCGAAGUGUUACCAAACAGAACGCCAAUGCUGUGGUACAUGAAUGAAACCAUUAGUGAUACCACACGGCUUGAAUUUAUUCGUAAAGCGCGAGCAUAUCGAGGUAAAGUGGGGUUUGUAUACACCCCUGAAAUAGAGGAGGUUGAGUAUUUGAGACAAACUACACGACCGUCGAUAACUGUUGUUCACAAGAAUUUGAGAACGAUGUACCCACUUGCUAUCACUGAACCCAAAGAUGUCGAUAUGGCCUUGGAGAACAUCUUUUCUGGGGCGACACAUGAAAGUGUGAAAAGCAGUGUUGGUGGUAACAUGUCUGGCAUUCCCAUUUUGACUGGAGAGAUGUGGGAGAAUGGGAUCAGUGAGUACGAGAAUGCAACGAAAAUCAUCUUAUUGGUGGACAGCUCUUUGGUUUCAAAAAAUUUGGUCCGUCGAGAACUUGCCGCGGUAUACAGAAGAACAAAAAAGAGCAGAGAACUCAACGAAAUUGUUGUUCUGUUAUUUAACAUUGAAAAAGACGAUGCACCGAAGGGGGUCUACAUCAAUGAAGUUCCCACAAUAUUUUGUUAUUUACAAGGUGAAAACGUAUUCGAAAGUCCUAAAGCAAUAUUCGCUAAAUACCCACAACAAGAUGACGUUAUUCAUUUCAUUUCCAAAAAUGCGAAAACAGAGAAUUUUGAGCCACAUGAAGACGAAAAAGAGUGGCCCGAGCCUAUUGAAGAUGAUGAAGAGGAAAAAGAAAGAAGGCAAAAGAAUGAAAGACUCGACAAAGAACGAAUCCAAAAAAAGAAGGAAAUGAAAGAGGCGAUGUUAACGCAAUUAAUGAAUAACCCUUUCAAGAACCAAGAGUUUGUAAAGAGUAUCCACACCCUCGGACUCUUCACUGAUAAUAAAGUGAUGAAAAAGGCAUUUGACCAAUUCGAAUUCUUGACAAAAAUCGGCGUCGAUGUUAACUCUCUUGAGGGUGUCGCCUCUUUGAAAGAAAAUGAAGACAAUUUGAGGAGGUUUGAACUUGAGAGGAGGAAAACUCAGAAGACCAAAGAUAAGACAGAACUAUAA